CCUCGCGUACAACCUUCUCAUCGAAGGGGGUCACGCUCCCACUUGUUCGAGCACAUCUCACCAUAUCGCAAUCUCAUACAAAACCUUGAACAGAAUGCCGACAACUCGCAAGCAGCAGCAGAAGCUUCAGGUCGACAAGAGUGCCGACGGCCCCAGUCUCUCUACCAGUACCAGCUCGACCACCGCCACUAAGCGAAAGCAGGACGACGAACCCAAAGGCAACGGCGACAGCAAGCAGGCCGAGGAGACCCCACAGGACGUAAAAGCAGCCAAAGGUAAUGCGCCAACAGAGUCAAAUGGCCACAGCGCUGAGAAAGAGGACGGUCCGCCUCCGGCUAAAGCCGCGAAAGUAGAGGACGACGCUGAGAAGAAGCAGAAGGAAGAGGAUGUUCCGGCCUCGACUGAUCAGAGUAAAGCUGCUGAGAGUAAGCCGGACACAGAGCAGGUCAGCAGCACAGAGAAGAAGCUUGACGGCAAGGAUACAGACACCUCGGGGUCUGGCGAGGAUGUCAAGUGGGACAUCGUGGAGCGAGGGCAGCCCAAGGUUCAACCCGCUCAAACUGCCGAUGCGAGCGACGAGCCAGCUGCCAAGUGCAUCGACGACACCCAAAACUUCCAUCUUCUUCUGUUGCCCCGCGCCUCGGACUCUUCCACUGCUCCUGCCAAAAGCAACCCUCCUGAGGGUGUAGAGAACAAGUCAGAGCAAACUGGAGAAGUGGCUCGACAGGGCGGUAUUGGCGCGCGCUUGAUCAGAUUGGGUAAGAAGCGCCUGCCAGAGCCCAAUGCGGCAAUCAAGCAAGGAGAUACCCCGGGAGGUAUAGGAGGCGAUUCCAGCGAAGCUAUCUGGGCAGUAGUCUCCGACGUGAAGCCCUCUUUCGACUCGCUCAAGGCAGGACUUGCCGAGAACCGCUAUUCCACCAAGACAGCUGGUGACAGGGUAGUUCAGGCCGCUCGCCCAGUGGGUCGUGGCUGGUAUGUGAUCUCAGUCUCGCAGACAGAGCCACCAUCUUCGCGACAGGUGCGCCUUUCGUACGCGCUCAGCCAUCCUCAUGACGAUAAGGAUUUCGGCGAUGUGCAAACGGAGCUGGGCUUGCACAAGGAGAGCAGCGUCUUGCUCCAGAUGAGGAACCCUACCUUGCCGGCUACUGGAGCUGGCGCCCCUCCCGCUGGACUAGAUCCCUCCUCUCGCGCACAGCUGAGCGAUGGCGAGCUCCAGGAGACCUUUGGUGGCAAUGCCGAAUCGAAGGGUACCAAUUACGCUCGACCCGAGAAUCUGGACCUGCUGGACCGAGCCGGCGUCGAGCUGCUGAUGAUCAAGAAGCGAGAGCAGGAGGCCGAGGAAGCCGUGGCUGUUGGAGAUACUCAUCAGAAGACGCUUGAGAAGCUAGCAUGUGAGUCUACAUUUCGCACGUGUGAAAGAGAAUCAGAGCUGACCGUCUAUCGCUUCUGCGUGGGACUGCUGCAGCACAAGAUGCUAGCUCGCUGUCAAACAAUGACGUGUUGAAGGAGCUGGGCAUCGAAGGCCAGAAUCCUCCCGAUGCUCUCGAUGGCGAUUGGUUCUAGGUGAUGCUCUGGCAUGAAGAUGGACGC